AUUAGAAGAAGAGGUAGCUUCCUUCUACUGAUUUCACUACCCAAGUGCCUACAAAAGCCAGGACAAGGACAGGCUGAAAUCAGAAGCCAGGAGCUGCACCUGCAUCUCCCAUGUAGGUGGCAGGGGACCAAGGACUUGAGCCAUCCUGUGCUCCCUCAGAGGGUGAGCAUUAGCAGGAGGCUGGAUCAGAAACAGAGAAUGCUAUGCUGUCGAGGUACAACCUGCUGUCUCCUUUGCUCACUGUAACAUCAUCCAGACACUUUUACAGAGGGGAUAGCCCAGCUGCUUCCCUAAAAGACCUGACUGAAAUCCCUUUGACAAUGUGGCUGGAGAGAUCUUAUGAAUCUGUAGAAACCAACAGCGCCCACCUGCUGUAUGAGAGCAGAAAGAAGGGAACGUUGGAAAACUACAUCCUCCUCAGCUUCUUUGCCAAAGAACAUCUGCACCACAUGACAGAGAAGCAGCUGAACCUCUAUGACUGCCUGACUAACGUGCACCGUAAUGACUGGGGUAUUUACUACUGGGCCACAGAAGCAAAACCAGCCCCAGAAAUAUUUGAAAAUGAAGUCAUGGCACUGCUGGGAGACUUUGCUAAAAACAAAAACAAAGAACAAAGACUGCGUGCCCCGGAUCUGGAGUAUCUUUUCAAAAGCCAGCGUUGAACCCUGCACACUGGCACGGCGCUCCGUCUGUGGAUGCUAACUGCUCCCACUUGACACUGAUCUUGGCCUCUUGUUGCUCCUAAGGCACGUAACUCUCUCUCCCUUCCAGGACGUACAUGCAGCUGAGCCAUGUGACUCAUUCUGGCACUGUUUUGUUCACUUCUGACCUUUGUAAGCGGUUUGUCAGUGUUGCUGACACUUAAGCCUGACUUGAGCUGCUAGUUCCUCCUGCAAGUCUGCCACGAGAGGGCGCUGUAGGGGAAGCAAUCGUGCUAGCUCCUGUUUAUGUGGUAAGUGCUCCCUCAAAGCCAGCUGCCCUGCUGUGUGGAAAGCAGCUCUCCCAACCCUGGUGGCCCAGGGAUUUGUUAGUAAAAUUCCCCUCCUUCCAAUCUGGUGUGGUCCUUUCUGUGGAAGGAAGCUGAUCCAAGCCCCCUGAGCUGAACUGUUGAAGAGCCAGCAGGCAGAAUGAGGUCAUAUGCUGAAGUGUCAACAUCUUUGUUGUCAGAUUUUCUUAAACCGCACACUUUGUAAAUUGAGAGAUAAUUGAACAUUAAAGAAUACAGAUAAAAAGAAAAAAACACUUUGUAAAUUGAGCGAUAAUUGAAUAUUAAAGAAUAAUGACAAAAGGGGGAAAAAGCAUAUCAUUAGGUAAUGACUUUGAGGAAACUUGAGCAUGACUGAAAGAGAAGGGCUCUGGGCCAGUGCUGUGUCAAAGUUGGUUAAUCAACUGGCAUCCCAUAUGGGCACCAGUUCCUGUCCCGGCUGCUCUUCUUCCAAUCCAGCUCUCUGCUUAUAGUCUGGGAAAGCAGUGGAAGACGGCCUAAGUGCUUGGGCCCCUGUACCCACAUGGGAAACCUUGAAGAAGUUUUUGGUCUGGAAGACCCAACUUGAAUGACAUUUUUCCAAUAACAAUAAAUUGAUUUUAAUUUUCCUAAACUGGCACUGGAAAGGAUUAAAUCGUGCCCCACACAUACACAUACACCAAAAGAAAAUUCAAAUGCUGAAAGUCCUGUCUUCCAGUACUCCAGAAUGUGACCUAUUUGAAAAUAAGGUUACCACAGAUAUAAUCAAUUAACAUGCGGACCCAAUAGGAAAAAGUGGGCCCCUAAUCCAAUAUGCCUGGUGUCUGUACAAUGGAAUGUGGAAAUUUGGAACACAUAUAAAGCAUCUCUGUAAGUCAAGGAAUACCCAUGCUUGCCAACGAACCACCAGAA